GUGACGCUGAAGGGGUUUGUUGCUGUCACAGAUUUGUAAAGUGAAGAGCUGCGAGACGGAGCCGUCUGGAGCGCGCGCAGCAGAAAGAUGGAGUUGACGGCGGCGGGAGAUCAGGUUUUCGCCGCGGAAGCCAUCCUAAAAAGCCGCGUUAGAAAAGGUCAAAUCGAAUACCUGGUUAAGUGGAAAGGUUGGGCAUUGAAACACAGCACAUGGGAACCAGAGGAGAACAUUCUGGAUGAUCGACUGAUCACAGGCUUCGAGCAGAAGGAACGAGAGCAAGAACUUUACGGCCCAAAGAAACGUGGACCUAAACCAAAAAACUUUGUACUGAAGGCACGAGCACAAUCGGGUGAGACACCUCGGAGCUCAAAUACCCGACGUACUCCACCUUGCACUACAGCGAGACCUCCCUCUGCUGCAAGACCACCUGCUUCAUCCUCUGAUAGUUCAGCAGCUCCUCAGCCUUCAUCAUCAUCAUCCUCUUCUUUAGCUCCAACCCCCAGAGUUCACUCCCUAGCCGCUGCUCACAAACUGAAAAAGGACAUCCAUCGGUGCCACAGGAUGUCACGUCGUCCUUUGCCUCGACCCGACCCAAUGAAUGUCCCCUCAGGAUCCGCGUUCUCGUCCCGUCCUCCCAUCUCCCCGUUCUCCGAAACAGUCCGCAUCCUCAACCGCAGGGUCAAACCGCGGGAGGUCAAGCGAGGUCGCAUAAUCUUGAACCUGAAGGUCGUUGAUAAAUCUGAAACUGGUGGAGUGGUCAAUAGAAGGGCGCCGCAGUCAUCGGCGGGACGGGGGAAAAUGCCAAUCCCAUCCCGAAAUCGCAUCAUAGGAAAAAGGCAUGGAGACAUGCCCUACAGACCAUUUCAGCAUCCAAUGAAAAUGUUGGGCUUCCCAAUGUAUGGACAGCCUUUUGGGCUUCAUCCCGGUGGGUCAUUAUCUUCCACAGCCAAUGAGGGGUCUCACACCAGAGGUAAUCGGACAGGUGGAUGCCAGUCUUCUCCAGGUGCGCAGUACCAGCCUUCAGCUUCUCCAUCCAACUCCAGUGGGUCUAACGGCAGCUCUUCAUCACUUCCUCAAAACCAGCCCGCUUCUUCUCACCCUGAAACUUCUUCUCCAACUAAAUUGAGUUCUCAGCCGAACACCAACAAGUCCAGUCCUUCCUGUUCAUCGUCUUCAUCCGAAGACGAAGAUCAGGGUUCUCGGGCUGGAAAACGGAAACUUCGCAAGCGACCCCAGGCUGCUCGAGCUUCGGUCUGUCAGGUUAGUGACCACACUACCGCUUCAAAUCCUGAGGAAAGUAGGGCGCCAAAAGAGGGGGACCCCGAUUGGCGCCCAGAAAUGGCACCCAAUGUAGUCGUGACUGACGUCACCACAAAUCUUCUCACUGUUACCAUCAAGGAAUUCUGCCAUUCCGGAGCGGGUUCUGAACCCUCUUCCCCCACCCGAGCCGAAAGCCCACUUUCCCCCACCUCAGCCGGCUCCUGAAUUUGCCCCCAAAUCAGCCCACUUAACCCUAUGAAGGCUUGCCAUAAUGAAAUUGAAUCCUUGUAAAAUUUGCCAUUUUAAAGAAAUAAAAAAAUAUUUUUUGUUAAAAAAUAUAUAGUCAUAUUUAAGGCAAGGGUGUGUCUCCCAAACUCUACUGUUCAGUUGCACAUCUGCUUUGUUAUGAUGGUUUGUAGUGCUUCAUGCUCUUCUUCCCCCUCUUUUUUUUCCCCAGUGAUCCUGUCUUUCCACAGCCUAGCCUUUUUGCCCAAAUGCACCUUCUUUUGUCACCUGCAGUCCUGUAGAGACCACCCUAUCCAUAUCUCCAGAAGUAAAGUUCAUCUGAUCUACCAGCUUUCAAACAAUUAUUCUCUCCAUCUUAGUAUCGCCGGCGGACUGACGGCACCAAGCCGUUUUUAACGUCUAGAUUUUUAUCCACGCCAGAUGCUUCACGCUCACUUCAUCUGAAGUUCAGCCAGUUGUUGGUGAAGAUUGCGUUUUAAUCACACGAUCAUGGCAUCCAAAUCACUCACCCGGUUUGUUCAGAAGAACCGUAGAUGAAGGCGUAAAUGUGACUAUUUUUGCACGCACAAAAGUCCUGAUGGUUACGUUUAUUUUCUUCUGCUACAAUUCAGAUGUCCACCAAUUGACUGCAUCCAAAGUGUGGCAUUAUACGUCUUCAACUUAUUACUAGUUUUUCUUGGAGAAAUAUCUUCUCCUGUUUGCCUUCUGACUACAAUAGUUUGUACUAGUUACUACAAUAGUCACGUACUUGUGAAAUACUGUCUCUGUGGGUCCGGUAACCAGCGGUAAUCUUUCGCAGAACUUGACUGAGGAGUUAAACAUCUACAGAGACUUACACGAGUCUCUUCUGAAUCUACCAAAUGUAACAAAAUGCCUUGGUUGAUAAAAACCCUCUUGUGCACUGUCACAUUUUACGGUUUGGGACCAUGUGUAUGUGAUGCUGGUGAUCCAUUGUCCCGUAAUCUGCACAGGUCCGAAUGGGUGCUACCAUUGAGAAAACAGACCUGGGAUAAGUCUAGUUUUAGUUUCUUUGUUUACCACAGUAGUAUAUACUGUCGACAUAUCAAUAUUACAAAAAUCUAAUUUGGUUUUUAUGUCAAGUUUGGUCUCCCAUUAGGAUAAUUCGAUGCCACGUGAUGCAUGUACGAGUGCCAUGUAAGCACUGAUGUGCAAACAAACACGCUUUUUUGGAGAUACCUCAGGAUUACUAAUGUCUACAGCGCUGAUUUAAUACAACCCCCUAAACCCAACGUCGCAAAAUGUACGAGCUUGGUUGCACAAACAAAUAAUAAGGCACCUCAUAAAAUACUCUACGUAUGAAUUGCCAUGAUAUUCUGUUGGCAUGCAUUUUUAUUGUUGCAUAUGUUAUUGUACAAAAUAGGAUUGUGCUAUACUGUUAUUUUCAGCAGUGUCCUCCACCUGAAAGGUCAUGCUGUGACUGUUGAUCAACUAUAGGUCACAUGUCGUUACAUGAUAGGAAUUCACAGGUCAGAGUUCAACCAAGCUUACACUUUGUAACGCGUCGAAAUGCAACAUUUGCAUUUCCGAUCUGCGACAUUUGUGUCGUCUACGGACGAAAAGUCUAUUGUGACCAUGGGAUUUGCUGUACAAGGGCCAUAGAAAAACAUGUGUCAGUGUUGGUUAACUUACCACACUGUAUUUCACUUUAUGGCUUGGUAAUACAUUGAAGAUUAGUCAAAUAAAUCUUUGGUGACCCCAGACAGGGUUCUAGCUCAAAAUACCCCACAGAUAAUUUAUUAUAGCAUGUUAAAAUUGUCACUUUGUAGGUGUGAGCAAAAAUGUGCCAUUUUUGGGUGUGUCCUUUAACAUGCAAAUGAGC